UGUGAAAUGGAGAAAUACCUGGCACCUCAGCUCCCGCCUGUCCCCGUCAUCCCUGAGCAUAAGAAAUACAGAAGAGACAGUGCCUCGGUUGUAGACCAGUUUUUCACUGACAGUGAAGGGUUGCCUUACAGCAUCAACAUGAACGUCUUCCUCCCCGACAUCAGCCACCUGAGAACUGGCCUGUACAAAUCCCAGCGACCCUGUGUAACCCACAUCAAGACAGAGCCAGUCACCAUCUUCAGUCACCAGAGCGAAACUACUGCCCCUGCCCCCCCUACUCAGGCCCUCCCUGAAUUUACCAGCAUCUUCAGCUCCCACCAGACCCCCGAUGUGAACAACAUUUUCAUCAAGCAAGAGCUUCCUACUCCAGACGUUCAUCUUUCUGUCACGCCCCAGCAAGGCCAGUUGUAUCAGCUCCUGAGCUCACCGGAUUUAGAUAUGCCCAACACUACUACUCAGGCGGCGGUGAUGGACUCCCUUAACAAUGUCUCCAUGCCGUCAGCCAUGGCGGGCCUUAACACGCUCUCCUCGGCUGUUCCACAGACUGCGAUGAAACAGUUCCAGGGCAUCCCCCCCUGCACCUACACCAUGCCAAACCAGUUUCUGCAGCAGCAGGCCACUUACUUCCCUCCUUCGCCCCCAAGCUCUGAGCCUGGAAGUCCAGACAGACAAGCAGAGAUGCUACAGAAUUUAACCCCUCCUCCGUCAUAUGCCGCAACUAUAGCUUCCAAGCUGGCAAUUCACAAUCCGAAUUUACCAGCAACUCUGCCCAUAACCCCGCAGAACAUCCAACCAGUCAGAUACAAUAGGAGAAGUAACCCAGAUUUGGAGAAGAGACGUAUCCACUACUGUGACUAUCCUGGCUGCACGAAAGUUUAUACAAAGUCUUCUCACUUAAAAGCACACCUGAGAACUCACACGGGUGAGAAGCCAUACAAGUGCACGUGGGAAGGCUGCGACUGGCGAUUCGCUCGCUCGGAUGAGUUAACGCGCCACUACAGGAAGCACACGGGGGCAAAGCCCUUCCAGUGUGCUGUGUGCAAUCGCAGCUUCUCCCGCUCCGACCACCUGGCUCUGCACAUGAAGAGGCAUCAGAACUAAAAGCUGGACUUGUCGUCGAGGCUGUUCUGUAUCUAUGCAAUUUCCUAUUGACUCUCUAAACGGAACUCAAGUUAGUUUAAUUUUUGAGUAUGGGUUACCCAUUUAAAAGAAAUCUCAAGUGAAACUGGAAAUGUAUAUUUUGUAUAUUUAUGCAGAAAAAGGGAAGACACUGUAUCACAAUACCAGAGUGUUCAGUCAUUUGUUUGCUGUCAUGAUGUAUAUGGCUUUAGUCAGCAGGUUUCAUCUCUUUACAAGUAUUAUGUCUUGACACAUUGCAGCUUUGUACAUUUUUUUUUUCCUCUUGCGGUGUUUUGACCAAAGCACUGUCAUUCUUGUGACAAUGUUUAGUAAACAAAUUAAUGAGAGGCUGCAGGUGAAUGAACACAGUGGAAAAGCCAUGAAUUGUAAUCUGUCAGGUUUUUACUGGACAUACUUAGUACUUGUGGGGUUUUUUUUAAAAUACUAAGUCAUUCUGUGGAAAAAGGUACAUAGAAAAAGUCAUAAACAGCCAUAGAACAAAACAUUUUGUUCUGUAUGUUGCAUGUUUGCUAUGACAAAGAUUUUGUAAAUAUGCAAAUCAGCUUUUUAGGUUUAAUACAAAAUGUUUUCUAAGAAUCAUCUG